AUGGUUGAGCCUGCUAUCAGUGCAACCUUCACCCAAUCGGGAGCGAAUCCACUACCAACCACCCCCGAUCCCGAGCCAGUAUCAGGUUCAGAAAAUUCUCUAGACCAAUCAGAGUCUGACGAAGAGAUCCGUGAACUUCGAAAAAUAUCCUAUUAUACAAAAAUGAAGUAUAUGCUCCAGAAGCGUAUCAGAGAGUACGAACAACAACUCGAAGAAUACGAAACCCUAUCGAAGCGCCGCCGGAAGGCCGCCGACCGACCCUCAUCCUAA